CAGAUCAGACUGAGAGAGAGAGGACGAGAGAGGGGAAAAAGAGAAAGAGAAAGAGAGAGAGGUUUGAACAGUGGACUCGGAGCAAACUUACUGAGGCUGAAAGAUUCCGGACAGCCACCGGCGACCCUGUUUCUUCUUUUUCUCCCCGAGAGCGUCUGAUAAGAGCAGGUAAGCAAUCAUGUCGGCUGCAGACAAGUACCUGUACGUGGACCGUUCCGUGGUGAACAAUCCGCUGGCGCAGGCCGACUGGGCGUCCAAGAAGCUGGUGUGGGUGCCGUCGGAGCGGGUGGGCUUCGAGGCCGGUUCCAUCAGGGAGGAGUACGGCGACGAGGUGAUGGUGGAGCUUUCGGACUCGGGCAAGAAGGUCCGCGUCAACAAAGACGACAUCCAGAAAAUGAACCCGCCCAAGUUCAACAAGGUGGAGGACAUGGCCGAGCUCACCUGCCUCAACGAGGCAUCUGUGCUGCACAACCUGAAGGAGAGAUACUACUCAGGCCUCAUCUACACAUACUCCGGGCUGUUCUGCGUGGUGAUCAACCCCUACAAGAACUUUCCCAUCUACUCAGAGGAGAUCGUGGAGAUGUACAAGGGCAAAAAGAGGCACGAGAUGCCGCCCCACAUCUACGCCAUCACAGACACGGCAUACAGGAGCAUGAUGCAGGAUCGUGAGGAUCAGUCCAUCCUGUGCACGGGUGAAUCUGGAGCCGGGAAGACAGAGAACACCAAGAAGGUCAUUCAGUAUUUGGCCCACGUGGCCUCCUCUCACAAGACCAAGAAAGAUCAGAACAGCUCGGUCCUGUCACAUGGGGAGCUGGAGAAGCAGCUGCUGCAGGCUAACCCCAUCCUCGAGGCCUUCGGUAAUGCCAAAACUGUCAAGAACGACAACUCGUCCCGUUUCGGCAAAUUCAUCAGAAUUAAUUUUGAUGUUAACGGUUACAUUGUUGGUGCCAACAUCGAGACCUACCUGCUGGAGAAAUCCCGCGCUAUCAGACAGGCCAGAGAUGAGAGAACUUUCCACUUGUUCUACUACAUGCUGUCCGGAGCAGGAGACAAAGUCCGCUCUGAACUGUGUCUGGAGAACUACAACAAGUACCGCUUCCUGUCCAACGGGAACGUGACCAUUCCCGGCCAGCAGGACAAAGACUUGUACAACGAGACCAUGGAGGCCAUGCGCAUCAUGAGCAUCCCUGAGGACGAGCAGAUCGGGCUGCUGCGAGUGGUAUCUUCUGUGCUGCAGCUGGGUAACAUGAGUUUUAAAAAGGAGCGCCACUCCGACCAGGCCUCCAUGCCUGACGACACAGCUGCUCAGAAAGUGUGCCACCUGAUGGGCAUGAACGUGACAGACUUCACUCGUGCCAUCCUGAGCCCUCGUAUCAAGGUGGGUCGUGACUACGUGCAGAAGGCUCAGACUCAGGAGCAGGCCGAGUUCGCAGUAGAGGCUCUUGCUAAAGCCAGCUACGAAAGGAUGUUCCGCUGGCUCGUCAUGCGUAUCAACAAAGCUCUGGAUAAGACCAAGCGCCAGGGAGCCUCCUUCAUCGGGAUCCUCGAUAUCGCCGGCUUCGAGAUCUUUGAUCUGAACUCGUUCGAGCAGCUGUGCAUCAACUACACCAACGAGAAGCUGCAGCAGCUCUUCAACCACACCAUGUUCAUCCUGGAGCAGGAGGAGUACCAACGAGAGGGCAUCGAGUGGAGCUUCAUCGACUUCGGCCUCGAUCUGCAGCCGUGCAUCGAACUCAUCGAGAAACCUGCGAGUCCUCCGGGUAUCCUGGCUCUGCUGGACGAGGAGUGCUGGUUCCCUAAAGCCACAGAUAAGAGCUUUGUGGAGAAGGUUCUGCAGGAGCAGGGAACCCACCCCAAAUUCUUCAAGCCCAAGAAACUGAAGGACGAGGCCGACUUCAGCAUCAUCCACUACGCUGGCAAGGUGGACUAUAAGGCUGAUGAAUGGCUGAUGAAGAACAUGGACCCACUGAACGAUAACGUAGCCACGCUGCUCAACACGUCCACUGAUAAGUUUGUGUCUGAGCUGUGGAAGGACGUGGACCGUAUCGUGGGUUUGGAUAAGGUGGCGGGGAUGUCUGAGAUGCCCGGUGCUUUUAAGACCCGCAAGGGGAUGUUCAGGACAGUGGGGCAGCUUUAUAAAGAGCAGCUGUCCAAACUGAUGGCCACACUGAGAAACACCAACCCCAACUUUGUCCGCUGCAUCAUCCCUAACCACGAGAAGAAGGCCGGUAAGCUGGAACCAUACCUGGUUCUGGAUCAGCUCAGGUGUAACGGUGUGCUGGAGGGAAUCCGUAUCUGCAGACAGGGCUUCCCUAACCGUAUCCUCUUCCAGGAGUUCAGACAGAGGUAUGAGAUCCUCACUCCUAACGCCAUUCCCAAGGGCUUCAUGGAUGGCAAACAGGCCUGUGUGCUGAUGAUCAGAGCUCUGGAGCUGGACCCGAACCUCUUCCGGAUCGGACAGAGCAAGGUGUUCUUCAGAGCUGGAGUCCUGGCUCACCUGGAGGAAGAGCGUGACAUGAAGAUCACCGACGUUAUCAUCAGCUUCCAGGCCUGGUGCAGAGGAUACGUCGCCCGCAAAGCGUUUGCUAGGAGGCAGCAGCAGCUGACAGCGAUGAGGGUGAUCCAGAGGAACUGUGCUGCCUACCUCAAACUCAGAAACUGGCAGUGGUGGAGACUUUUCACCAAGGUAAAGCCACUGCUGCAGGUGAGCCGACAGGAGGAGGAGAUGCAAGCUAAAGACGAUGAGCUCAGCAAGGUCAAAGAGAAACAGGUUCAUGCUGAAAUGCAGCUGGAGGAGAUGGCUGUCAAACAACAUCAGAUGAGCGCGGAGAAGCUGGCUCUGCAGGAGCAGCUGCAGGCUGAGAUGGACCUCUGUGCCGAGGCGGACGAGAUGAGGAACCGGCUGGUGGCAAAGAAGCAGGAGCUGGAGGACAUCCUGCAUGACCUGGAGGCUCGAGUGGAGGAAGAGGAGGAGAGAGUCGGCCAGCUUCAGUCUGAGAGGAAGAAGAUGCAGCAGAACAUCACGGAUCUAGAGCAGCAGCUGGAUGAGGAAGAGGCGGCGCGUCAGAAGCUCCAGCUGGAACGUGUCACUAUGGAGGGCAAACUGAAGAAGGUGGAGGAGGAUGUGAUGGUGCUGGAUGACCAGAACAACAAACUAAGCAAGGAGAAGAAGCUGAUAGAGGAGAGAUUUGCUGAGUUCACCACUAAUCUGGCAGAAGAGGAGGAGAAAUCCAAGAGUCUGCAGAAACUGAAAAACAAACACGAGGCCAUGAUAACAGAUCUGGAGGACCGCCUGCGUCGGGAGGAGAAGCAAAGGCAGGAACUGGAGAAGAACCGUAGAAAGUUGGAGGGCGACUCCACUGAACUUACCGAUCAGAUCGCUGAACUCCAGGCUCAGAUCGCCGAGCUUCGCGCCCAACUUGCCAAGAAGGAGGAGGAGCUUCAGGAGGCACUGGCCAGGAUUGAAGAGGAAGCGGCUCAGAAGAACCUGGCCCACAAGAAGAUCCGCGAGCUGGAGGCUCAGCUGAGUGAGCUGCAGGAAGACCUGGAACUCGAGAGAGCCUCGCGCGUCAAGGCCGAAAAACAGAAACGGGACCUCGGAGAGGAGCUGGAGGCCCUUAAAACUGAACUGGAGGACACGCUGGACACCACUGCUGCUCAGGAGGCACUUAGGACAAAACGUGAGACGGAGGUGACACAUAUGAAGAAGACCUUGGAAGAUGAAACUAAGAACCAUGAGGUGGUGGUGGCAGAGUUGAGGCAGAAACACGGCCAAGCCUUUGAGGAGCUUAACGAGCAGCUCGAGCAGUCCAAGAGGAGCAAGGCCUCGGUGGACAAGACGAAGCAGACUCUGGAGUCGGAGAGGAACGAGCUGCAGAUCGAACUGAAGGCGCUGAUGCAGGGGAAGGGCGAGUCGGAGCACCGCAGGAAGAAAGCCGAGAGUCAGGUGCAGGAGCUGCAGGUUAAACACGCCGAGAGCGAGAAACAGAGGAUUGAGCUGGCCGAUAAAGUAGCCAAGAUGCAGGCGGAGCUGGACAGCGUUAACACUGUGUUAAAUGACGUGGAGGGCAAAUCCAUCAAAGCAACCAAAGACCACUCCGCCGUGGAGUCGCAGCUCCAGGACAUCCAGGAGCUGCUCCAGGAGGAGACCCGUCAGAAGUUAUCUGUGAACACAAGGCUGAGGCAGCUGGAGGACGAUCAGAACAACCUGAGAGAGCAGCUGGAGGAAGAGGAGGAGGCCAAGAGGAACCUGGAGAAACAGCUCAUUGCAUCACAGUCCCAGGUAACUGAGAUGAGAAAGAAGAUGGAGCAUGAGGCCGGAUCUCUGGAUUGUGCAGAAGAAGUGAAGAAGCGUCUGCAGCGUGACCUGGAGUCUGUCACCCAGCGCCUCGACGAGAGGAACUCGGCCUACGACAAGAUGGACAAGACCAAGACCCGUCUGCAGCAGGAGCUAGACGACCUGAUGGUGGAUCAGGACCAUCUUCGCCAGAUUGUCUCCAACCUGGAGAAGAAGCAGAAGAAGUUUGACCAGAUGCUGGCAGAGGAGAAGGCGAUCUCAGCCAGGUACGCCGAGGAGCGCGACAGAGCCGAGGCCGAGGCCCGAGAGAAGGAGACGCGUGCCCUCUCUCUGAGCCGUGAACUCGAGACCCUGUUUGACGUGAAGAACGAAACUGACCGGGCCAACAAGGCACUCAGGACCGAGAUGGAGGACCUUGUCUCAUCCAAGGAUGACGUUGGCAAGAGCGUGCAUGAGCUGGAGAAGUCAAAGCGUGGCAUGGAGCAGCAGCUGGAGGAGAUGCGCACACAGCUGGAAGAGCUGGAGGAUGAGCUGCAGGCCACGGAGGAUGCCAAGCUGCGCCUGGAGGUCAACAUGCAGGCAAUGAAGGCCCAGUACGAGCGCGACCUCACCGGGCGUGAUGAGAUGGGAGAGGAGAAAAAGAGGCAGCUGGUCAAACAGGUGCGGGAGAUGGAACUGGAGCUGGAGGACGAAAGGAAGCAGCGCGGCGUUGCCGUGGCAGCACGUAAGAAGAUGGAGCUGGACCUGAAGGAACUGGAGGCCGCCAUCGACAUGGCCAACAAGAACCGUGACGAGGCUAUUAAACAGCUCAAGAAGCUGCAGGUUCAGAUGAAGGACCUGCUGCGUGAACUGGAUGAAUCCCGUCUCUCCCGGGAGGAGAUCCUGGCUCAGAGCAAAGAGAACGAGAAGAAGCUCAAGAGCAUGGAGGCAGAAAUGAUCCAAAUGCAGGAGGAACUGGCCGCAGCGGAGCGGGCAAAGAGACAGGCUCAGCAGGAGAGAGACGAGCUGCUGGAUGAGAUGAACAACCAGAACAGCAAGAAUGCUCUGACCAUGGACGAGAGGCGUCGGCUGGAGGCUCGCAUUGCUAAGCUGGAGGAGGAAUUCGAGGAGGAGCAGAACAGCACCGAAAUCAUUAACGAUCGUCUCAAGAGAACCAUGCUGCAGGUGGACCAGGUGAACGUGGAGCUGACAGCGGAGCGCAGUAGCAGUCAGCGCCUGGAGGGGUCGCGCUCACAGAUGGAGCGGCAGAACAAGGAGAUGAAGCUGAAGUUGACCGAGCUGGAGGGAGCAGUGAAGGGAAAAUACAAGGCCUCUAUCACUGCCCUGGAGGCCAAAAUCGCUCAGCUGGAAGAACAGCUGGAUAUUGAGACCAGAGAGAGACAGUCUGCCUCUAAAAUCGUGCGUCGUACAGAGAAGAAGAUGAAGGAAGUCGUCCUGCAGGUGGAUGAUGAGAGACGCAACGCCGACCAGUUCAAAGAUCAGGUGGAGAAACUGAACAGCCGUAUGAAGCAGCUGAAGAGGCAGCUGGAGGAGACCGAGGAGGAGGCACAGAGAGCCAACGCCUACCGCAGGAAACUGCAGAGGGAGCUGGAGGAUGCCACUGAGUCUGCUGAUGCCAUGAACCGUGAGGUCUCCUCACUCAAGAGCAAGCUCAGGCGUGGAGAUAUUCCUUUCACCAUGCGCCGCAUCGUCAGCCACACCGUCACUCUCGAGAGUGACGACGAUCCCGAAGCCAAGGGCGAAACCCAAGAACCCAAACCUGAAUAAAGAAGAACCCGGAGUUCUGGCUGUGUUGUAGUACUAUAGUACUGAACUGCAGCAUUUAUAUAAAUACACACAUACAUACACUCAAAUGUAACUGACCAUAGUGUGUACUGGAACUUAGAUGCACACACGGAUGAUUUGUUAGUGCCAUAGCAAAAACACACACACACGCACACACACACACACACACACACAUAUUUUAUCGUUUGACAAUCAGUACUCCUGUUCGCUCAACCAAGGACCAAAUUUCACUUUGAUUCCUGCUUAUUCUCCAGGAAUUUGAUGAUAUGGAUGAUAUUUUUGUAAGGACUCAUAGCACGCAGGCUUUGUGUUUCUCAGUCUAUUUUUCUAGUUCCAAAAGUGAACAGAAGUGUUUUAGAUGGUUAAACAGUGAAGAAAACUAUUGGACGGGGACCAAAACGACUUUCUCUUGAUAUAUAGAAGUGUAUUUUACUUGGAAGGUUUUAUAAUGGUGUAAGGACAAACAUAUAGAGCUCAUUUACGAUAACUGCUGCGUGAUUUUCUCUCUUGUGCCCGUAUGUGUUGGUAAAUCAGAAGCUAUGCAAUGUGUAGUACUGUAUAAAAGGUAGCUGCUGACACUAUUUUCCACUUUUGGGCUUUAUGUAACUCAGAUUUGUGCACCAAACUUAGGCUUUAACUCAUACGAUCACCAGAAAUAUUCAGACGUGCACCAAAAUUAUUAUAUACGUCUCUACACUGAGCAGUAUAAUGGUUAUGUGUCCAAACACCACUGAAGGACGAAGCAGAGCUCAUAUUAGAGCCACUGUGCACUAUAGCCUUAAAGUCAUACAUUCAUAUAUUUCUUUUUCCUUAUUUGUUUUGUAAUUUGACAUUUUUACAGGGGGCUAGAGGGUAGAUUCUUCUUUCUCACAGCGCACUGUAUUCUCUAAGCACUUGCAGGAUUAGCCGGACCUUCAGGUGUUCACUGUCCGAUACGUCAGUCAGGAAUAUAACGCCACGCUAAAUCCUACAUGCCGCUGGGUUUUUAGAUUUGUGCCUCAGACGAAGCAUUGUGCUCGCUUCAGCUUUCUCGCUCACACUGCUGGGAAGUGAGAGGAAUUCAUAACGUUUGAAUAGCUAAUAUCUGGCUUUUGACAUGAGGAAACUAUAAUGCAAAAAAAAAAUCCUAAUUUUGUACUUCUUUCUCUGCAACUCCUAAAUGAUAUUCAGAGUUGUGACCUGUUGGUAUUAUGCAAAUAAACAUGGCUUUCUAAAUAUCUACAA